UCUCCAAAAGCAGCUCUCCACUCUUUCACUUCUCGUGACUCUCUCUCUUCUCUCUCACUCAUCUGUCUCCCUUUUCCCCUCUACCGCUUUGAUGAGCUGAGAUCUGCCUUUUCCCCGAGUAAUGGACCCAUGCUUAAAGGAGACAGCGCAUUGCGAUGCUUUUGAGAUAUCAUCCAAGAACUUAAAGGGUACAAAGGAGAAAAAGCCGCUUCAUUGAGAGAGAGUAUGUGAGAUAGAAGGUUUUCUGGUCUACUGGCGCAAUCUAUGUGAAAUGACCAUUGAUAUGCCACCAGUUAUGGCCCAAACUGUAAGAACGAGUAGGUCUUCAUUUAGCUCUAGCAAUGGCAAUGAAACACCUUUGCACAACUCUGCCACUAUCUCAAAUGGAGAUGGAUAUGAUAGCGAUGGUUCCAAUUUUGCACCCCUUACACCAGGGGCAUUGUCGGCAGCUAUUCCAGCAGAACUUGCUGGAGCCAUACCCUUGAUUGAUAGAUUUCAGGUGGAAGGAUUUUUGAGGUCAAUGCAAAAACAGAUUCAAUCUUCUGGAAAACGUGGUUUUUUUUCUAAAAGAUCGGUAGGGCCUCAAGUUCGAGACAAAUUCACAUUUGAGGAUAUGAUGUGUUUCCAAAGGGAUCCUAUACCGACAUCAUUACUUAAAAUUAACAGUGACCUGGUAAGUCGGGCAAUAAAACUGUUCCAGAUAAUUUUGAAGUACAUGGAAGUUGAUUCAUCUGAUCGAGUAAGUCAAACAAGUUUAGAUGAGCGGAUUGAGCUUGUUGGGAAACUGUAUAAGCAAACUUUAAAGCGUCCAGAGCUCCGAGACGAACUUUUUGCACAGAUUUCAAAGCAAACAAGGAAUAAUCCUGAUAGGCAACUUUUAAUCAGAGCAUGGGAGCUAAUGUAUUUAUGUGCUUCCUCCAUGCCUCCUAGCAAGGACAUUGGUGGAUAUUUAUCAGAGUAUGUCCACAAUGUAGCACAUGGCAUGAAUGUUGAUUCUGAGGUCCAAGUCCUUGCACUGAAUACAUUAAAUGCUUUGAAGCGUUCCAUUAAGGCUGGACCUAGACAUACAAUACCUGGACGUGAAGAGAUUGAAGCUCUUUUAACUGGAAAAAAGCUUACUACUAUAGUGUUUUUCUUGGAUGAAACUUUUGAAGAAAUUGCAUACGACAUGGCAACAACUGUAGCUGAUGCUGUUGAGGAACUUGCAGGAAUAAUUAAACUCUCAGCAUACUCUAGCUUCAGUUUGUUUGAAUGCCGGAAAAUUAUUACUGGUUCUAAAUCACCUGAUCCUGGGAGCGAGGAGUAUAUUGGAUUAGAUGAUAACAAAUAUAUUGGGGAUUUAUUGGCGGAAUUCAAGGCAGCAAAGGAUAGAAGUAAAGGAGAAAUUUUGCAUUGCAAAUUGAUUUUCAAGAAGAAGUUAUUUCGGGAAUCAGAUGAAUCUGUAGCAGACCCUAUGUUUGUGCAGUUAUCCUAUGUUCAAUUGCAACAUGACUAUAUAUUGGGCAAUUAUCCUGUUGGAAGAGAUGAUGCUGCACAACUAUCUGCAUUGCAGAUUUUGAUUGAGAUUGGAUUCAUUGGUUGCCCAGAAUCAUGCACUGAUUGGACAUCACUUUUGGAACGAUUUCUACCUAGACAAAUUGCAAUCACCCGAGCAAAGAGGGAUUGGGAGUCAGAUAUUCUUUCUCGCUAUCAUUUGAUGGAACAUUUGACAAAAGAUGAUGCAAGACAACAAUUUCUAAGGAUCUUGAGAACACUGCCUUAUGGGAAUUCGGUUUUCUUUAGUGUUCGCAAGAUUGAUGAUCCCAUUGGACUUUUGCCUGGACGGAUCAUCUUGGGCAUUAAUAAGCGAGGGGUUCAUUUUUUCCGUCCAGUUCCAAAAGAGUAUUUGCAUUCUGCUGAACUAAGAGAUAUAAUGCAAUUUGGUAGCAGCAAUACUGCUGUAUUUUUUAAGAUGAGAGUUGCAGGUGUCCUCCACAUAUUCCAGUUUGAAACUAAACAGGGAGAAGAAAUUUGUGUUGCUCUUCAGACGCAUAUAAAUGAUGUUAUGUUGCGUCGCUAUUCUAAAGCACGGUCUGCUGCUAGUGGCUCUAUGAAUGGAGAUUCUUCUAGUAAUGUUAAGCCUCCUAGUGUUGAAGUCUAUGAGAAACGUGUGCAAGAUUUAUCUAAAGCUUUGGAGGAAUCCCAAAAGAAUGCUAUUCGAUUAUCGGAAGAUUUGCAUGAAAAGCAAAAGGAGCAGGAGAAAAUGCAAGAAGAAUUGGAGGGCUUGAAAGAUUCCUUGAUAUCUGAGAAGCAGAUCUUAACAGAAGUUAUAUGUGACCGUGAUAAACUCAGAUCAUUAUGCGAUGAAAGAGAUUCAGCCCUGCAGGCUGCAUUGUUGGAGAAGAGGAGUAUGGAAGUGAGAUUGGGCAAGUUAAGUAGUCAAGGAUUAGAAAACAAUGCCAAAAAAGAUUUAGUUGGAACAAAUAGCCAGAUGUUACUAAAACUCCAAGAUGAGUUAAAAAGGCGUUGUGAGGAGUUGCAUGUAGCCCAAGAAACUGCCAAAAGACUGGGAAAUGAAAAACAAUUAUUGGAACAAAGAAUUCAGAGGCUUGAAAAGAAGAAAGCCGAUGAGGUGGAAGUUCUUGAGAAAAAAUUUGAACAAGAAGGCAAGACCUUAAGGCUUCGAGUGUCUGAACUUGAAAGAAAACUAGAAGUAGUCACACAAGAUUUGGCUGUUGCUGAGUCAACUCUUGCAGUUCGGGCUACAGAUUUGGCUUCAUUACAGAAUAAUUUAAAGGAAUUAGAGGAAUUGAGAGAAAUGAAAGAGGACAUUGAUAGAAAGAAUGAGCAAACUGCCGCUAUCUUGAAAAUGCAAGCUGCUCAGCUAGCUGAGCUGGAAGUUCUUUACAAGGACGAACAAGUUCUAAGGAAGCGAUAUUUUAACAUAAUAGAAGAUAUGAAAGGCAAAAUCAGAGUUUUCUGUCGAUUAAGGCCUCUUAGCGAAAAAGAGGUCGUUGAGAAAGAAAGAUGUGUUCUUAAUACUUUUGAUGAGUUUACAGUUGAACAUCCGUGGAAAGAUGAUAAAGCAAAGCAACAUAUAUAUGAUCAUGUGUUUGGUGGUAGUGCCACUCAAGAAGAUGUGUUUGAGGAUACAAGGUAUUUGGUUCAAUCGGCUGUAGAUGGAUAUAAUGUGUGCAUAUUUGCAUAUGGUCAGACUGGUUCUGGAAAGACAUUUACAAUUUAUGGUUCUGAUGGUAAUCCCGGUCUUACCCCACGGGCUACAGCAGAACUUUUUAAGAUUAUAAAGCGAGAUGCCAACAAAUUCUCAUUCUCGUUAAAGGCAUACAUGGUGGAGUUGUAUCAAGAUACACUUGUAGAUCUUCUAUUACCAAAGAAUGCAAAGCGUUUGAAGCUGGACAUUAAGAAAGAUUCAAAGGGCAUGGUAUCUGUGGAGAAUGUGUCUAUUGCAUCCUUAUCAACAUAUGAGGAAUUAAAAAGCAUUAUUCAAAGAGGAUCUGAACAACGGCAUACAUCUGGCACUCAAAUGAAUGAAGAAAGUUCAAGAUCUCAUUUGAUUCUUUCAAUUAUCAUUGAAAGUACCAAUCUUCAAACCCAAUCAGUUGCCAGAGGAAAGCUAAGUUUUGUGGAUCUUGCUGGUUCAGAAAGGGUGAAGAAAUCAGGCUCUUCAGGUAAUCAACUUAAGGAAGCUCAAAGCAUCAACAAGUCACUUUCAGCUCUUGGGGAUGUUAUCAGUGCUUUGUCAUCUGGCGGUCAACACAUACCUUAUAGGAACCACAAGUUGACAAUGUUGAUGAGUGAUUCACUUGGUGGCAAUGCCAAAACUCUUAUGUUCGUAAACAUAUCUCCAGCUGAAUCAAACUUGGAUGAAACUUACAAUUCUUUGACGUAUGCAUCUAGGGUCCGGUCAAUUGUAAAUGAUGCAAGCAAAAAUGUUUCAUCAAAAGAAAUUGUUCGUUUGAAAAAGUUGGUUGCAUACUGGAAGGAACAAGCUGGAAGAAGGGGAGAUGAUGAUGAUUUUGAAGAUAUCCAAGAAGAACGGAAUAUGAGAGAGAGAACAGAUGGUCGGCACUCCAUGUAGAGUGCCAUAGAGGACUUGAUGCAAGACUUAUCUGGGCAAAUUUGCUAGUGAUGCAGAUUGGUAGUUGGGGUUUUGUGGGGAAGAACAACUUAAUUGUAUAGUCUGGCAGGGCUUGGGGCUUGUAUAUUUUUCUUGACCUUUAUUAUUGGGUAAUAUACCUUUUCUUCCAAUUUUCUCUUUCUUAAAUUGUAAGAGUGACAACCACAAUCAUGUCUUGAGUGAGGUUUUCUGUUGUAAUUCCUCGUCACAAUGGAAGUUUGAAGAUCACAUCUAUGUAUCCUCGUCACUUCGCUUGAGCAAAUAUUACUCACUUGGGCAAUAUUUACUUCAUUUAGGCAA